AGUGCCUCGCCUUUGUUCGUCGUUCAACCUCAUCAAAAGCGUGCAAUUGACCUGUUUUUUUUUUUUUUUUUUUUUUUUUUUUCGCCCCGCGCGUCUGCGCACGGCUGGCGAGGGUAUCCUGCCUCCAUUCAUCCGUGCCAGUCUUCGGCUGCCGUCGCCCUCCUGUCGCCCGCCUGUCGCCCGCCUGUCGCUCACCUUUCACGCGCCUUUCGCACGCUUGUCGCCCGAGCUCCGAUUCUCUGCCCCUCUCGUUCGCCCGUCAGUCCCGAUGCUCUCGCGCAUCGCCUCGAGCCUGCGGCAGAGCGUGCAGCGGCUCACACGUGGCGGGGGACCCGCGGUUUUCGCGGGAACUGACGAAGCUGGUAACAAGUACUUCUACGAACCGGCGGAGGACUCGGAGUCGCGACCUAACGCGGCGGAGAGGCGGUGGGUGGAGUACAGGGAUCAGCAGGACCCAACCAAGCUGCCAGUGGAGUGGUCCAGCUGGCUCUCCCGCUCUCGGCGCCAUGCCCCCACACCCGAUGAAAUGGCAGCGUUGGCACAGCACCGGGCGAUAGUGAAGCAGCGAGCAAAGCUGUGGGAGGAGGAGGAGGAGCGACGUCGAUUCAGGGAGAAGAGUCUGCAGCAUGACAUACAAAGACACGAGGGUGCAGAGGACCUGGACGCGGAGGGAGCAGCGCGCAUGGCUCACCGCCUGUCCCAGGCCAUGCUGCACCGCGUGCGCUCCGCUACCCCCUGCCCUCCGCCCCCCACUGCUUCCAACCCCCCCUCGGGUGCCCCCCAUCCGCCGCCCCCCACAACCCCCAAUUGACGCUCCCCUGAGGUGGGGGGGGAAUGGUAGUGGGGAGUGAGAUUGGGUGAUGCAAGGGCAAGGCGGGUAUGUGAGGAGUGAAGCUGGCAGUGCUCUCGCUGAUGGGACGGCUGGAAGGGGCUUUGGUGUGGGUGCUGGUGUGGGUGUUGGUGUGGGUGUGCGUGUGGGUGCUGCCAAGCUGGUGUGCGUGUGGCUGUGGCUGUGGCUGUGGGUGCUGCCAGGCUGGUGUGCGUGUGGCUGUGGCUGUGGCUGUGGGUGCUGCCAGGCUGGUGUGCGUGUGGCUGUGGCUGUGGCUGUGGGUGCUGCCAAGCUGGUGUGCGUGUGGGUGUGGCUGUGGCUGUGGGUGCUGCCAGGCUGGUGUGCGUGUGGGUGUCAGAAAAACGGCUGCAAGGGGGGACGAGGUAGGAUGGGGAGGGCAUGAGCCUGAGGUGUGGGUGGAUGCCUCCGUCCUCCACCCUCCACCUCGUUAUGCCGCAUCCCCUCCACUGUAGUACUACCAGUAGCAUCUGGCUGUGAAUGCAUGCUAUGCAUGUACCUUAUGUGCACCGCACAUACCAUAUCUCACCCUUGAGUCGACUCACCAUCUUGUCUCUGGAAAAAUAAACGCUUUCUUGGAAA